ACAUCUCCGCGCGGAGCAGAGUCGCUUGAGUAGAGACGCACACAGCGGAGUCCGGUCCAUCUCUGCUCGCAGUUAGCUAACCCCCCCCCUUCCCCCUCGCCCGCCCCGCAGCAAGGCCACUGCGGGAAGAUGGCGACGGAGAAACAGAAGAAUGAAGGAAGAGUAAAAAUCGGACAUUACAUUCUCGGAGAUACGCUCGGCGUGGGGACUUUCGGAAAGGUUAAAGUCGGCCAACAUGAGCUGACCAAGCACCAAGUGGCCGUGAAGAUCUUGAACAGGCAGAAGAUCCGCAGUUUGGACGUGGUGGGAAAGAUCCGCAGGGAGAUCCAGAACCUCAAGCUUUUCAGGCAUCCUCACAUAAUUAAACUGUAUCAGGUUAUUAGCACCCCUACAGAUAUCUUCAUGGUGAUGGAGUACGUCUCAGGAGGCGAGCUGUUCGACUACAUCUGCAAAAACGGAAAGUUGGAUGAAAAGGAGAGCCGUCGGCUGUUCCAGCAGAUUAUUUCAGCAGUAGACUACUGCCACAGACACAUGGUGGUGCACCGAGACCUCAAGCCUGAAAAUGUGCUGCUUGAUGCACACAUGAAUGCCAAGAUUGCAGACUUCGGAUUAUCAAACAUGAUGUCAGAUGGAGAGUUCCUGCGAACGAGCUGCGGUUCUCCAAACUACGCUGCUCCCGAGGUCAUCUCCGGAAGGCUAUAUGCUGGUCCGGAGGUAGAUAUCUGGAGCAGCGGGGUCAUUCUCUAUGCCUUGUUGUGUGGGACGCUUCCCUUUGAUGACGACCACGUGCCCACGCUCUUUAAAAAGAUCUGCGAUGGGAUCUUUUUCACCCCGCAGUACCUGAACCCUUCGGUAAUAAGCCUCCUUAAACACAUGCUGCAGGUGGACCCCAUGAAAAGAGCCACCAUCAAAGAGAUCCGAGAGGACGAGUGGUUCAAACAAGGCCUGCCGAAGUACCUGUUCCCCGAGGACCCGUCCUACAGCAACAACAUGAUCGACGACGAGGCCCUGAAGGAGGUAUGUGAGAAGUUUGAGUGCACGGAGGAGGAGGUCCUGACCUGCAUAUACAGUCGCAACCAUCAGGAUCCGUUGGCCGUCGCCUAUCAUCUCAUCAUUGACAAUCGUCGCAUCAUGAAUGAAGCCAAGGAUUUUUACCUGGCGUCCAGCCCGCCCGACUCUUUUCUAGACGACCAGCCCCUGAGCACGCCCGGUGCCUCUGUGGCUGGCGUUGUGAAGGUGCACCCUGAGCGGGUUCCCUUCCUGUUGGCGGAGACUCCGCCCAGGCCUCGCCACACGCUGGACGAACUGAACCCCCAGAAGUCCAAGCACCAGGGUGUCAGGAGGGCCAAGUGGCACCUGGGCAUCCGGAGUCAGAGUCGACCCAAUGAUAUCAUGUCGGAAGUGUGCCGGGCCAUGAAACAGCUGGAUUAUGAGUGGAAGGUUGUGAAUCCUUAUUAUUUACGCGUGAGAAGGAAGAAUCCGAUCACCGGGAUGCAAACCAAGAUGAGCCUUCAACUCUACCAGGUGGACAGUAGAACCUACCUCCUCGACUUCCGUAGCAUAGACGAUGAUAUGUUGGAGGCAAAAUCUGGAACGGCUACCCCUCUCCGAUCUGGGUCCGUGGGCAACUACCGCACCACGAUUAAGAACGAUGUGGACGGGGCCGACGCUCCGGCCUCGUCCAGCGCUGUGCUCCCCGCCAAGGCCGCGGAGGGAUCGUUAGCUUCAUCGCUGACCUCGUCCGUCGAUUCAACGGGAGGAGGCGCGGACGUCGCCACCGUCCCCCGACCGGGAAGCCACACCAUCGAGUUCUUUGAGAUGUGUGCAAAUCUUAUUAAAUUACUUGCACGAUAGCUCGCAAAACAAUCACUAGCCUUUUUUUUUUUUUUUCUCUCUCGCUCUCCUCUCCGAGUGUCUUUAUAGCAAUAAGCAUGCAACUGAUUCAUGGCUCACUUCAACCCGGCUGAGGAUGAAGGGAUCGGUCCAUGGCACCGACGCAGGUCGCUGUUCCCUAAGCGGAUGGGGGGGGUGUGUGUGUGUGUGUGUGUGUGUACGGAGCUGACUGGGACCGUAAAGGGUUAUUCUAAAAGAUGAAAGACGGGCUACUUAAUGGCUAGAGCCGAACAACAUUUAAGAGGGCGUUUAUACAAUUUCCUGAUCAAUUUAAUGGUAAAUGACCACAUCCCACCUAAUAGAUAUACACACAAGUGAUUACACUGAAUUGUCUGUACUGUAGCCAGUGGGUACUGCUUUCCAGUGCAGGGAACAAGAUCACUGCAGAGAAGGAAGCCACGCGUUGAGGGUCGGGUGUUUGGGGUGGCAGUCGUUUAGGGUGCAGGAAGCACUUUUUGCACAAGUUUCUUUGUUCUUUUUUUCUCCUGCUGCUCUUGUUUUUGUUGUUUUUCUCUCUGUGGGGAACAGAGAAGCGGUGCAGAUGUAUCGGGGAGGGGGGGGAGGGGGGUCGUCACGCCCGUCACACUCAUUGGACUCAGAAGAAGUGCAAUGACCCUUUUCAUUUCUGUCGGGGACUUUUUUUUAUUAUUAUUUUUUGAAUCUGAGUUGUCGGAGACUAAAUUUUCACGAUUUGUGUCCUUGUAAAAAAAAAAAAAAAAUGUUUUUAAUUUGUCUGUCCCCUACAUUUUUAUAUAUAAAGACAUGAAUAUAUUUAUCAGUGGAUGGAGUGUUGGUUCUAUUGGAAAUGGAAUUUUUGGGUUGCUUUUUUCUUUUUUGCAUCAAGAUCUAUUGCUGGAUGAGAUAUAUAUAUAUAUAUAUAUAUAUAUAUAUAUAUAUAUAUAUAUAUAUAUAUAUUCCCUUUUUCUUUUUUUCCUGACUGGUUUUUAAAUCAAUAUCACAGCUUUGUUUCCUUCAAUCACAAUUAUUCUGAUACUUGAUUGUCUUUCCAGAUAAAUAUAGCCUGCUUUUACCAUUUAAGAGGUAUUUUGCCAUGACAGUCAAAAAGAAUCUAGAAAUAUAUCAUUUUCAGUGUCGCAUUAAAAUGACAAAGUGGUUUUGACUUUUUUGUUGUAUUUGCUUUCUUCUUUUUUUUAGAUUAAUAAUUAGGAUUUUUGAGUAUGAGCCCAGUCUGAAAAUGCCUUUUUGCUUACGUCCAAUUUGUAAAUGCCAAUCCAUCAAAAGUGUAUAGGCCUCAAAUUGACAAUGACAAAGUAGCAAUUACAUGCAAUGCAUGGACAAUGUCUAAUUGCAGGUGAAUACAUCCAAUUAUUAUCAUUUUUGGAUAUGUGGUGUUUUUUUUUUUGCCCACACAUUCCUUUGAAGGUUGACGAGACACAAACCCGUGAGCUUUGAAUUGUGACGUCGUGCUGGAUAGUUUGGAGUUCUUGAAGAAGGAAAAACAACAUCACAUAAAUGUGUUGGUGAUUUAUAUUUGAUAAAAAAAAAAAGAAGAAAACGUCGGACAAUAUCGAAUACUUGCAAGCUCACAAAAUCUUGGAUAUAUAUAAAUGUCUUAAAUCACGAGUAUGAUGAACCUCCCUCCAUUUCCUGUCCACGGUCUUAAAGGUUGUUGGUGUGUUCGGCUGCCUUAUCAUCAUCAGUACUGUUUGUAUGUCGGUAACAGUUGGAAUCCAGUGAUCAGAAUUAUUGACACUUUCUUUUUGCAAUUUUAGGUGUUUGAAGUCCAUAUUUAUUUUUGUCAGGGUUGUUAAUUCCCAAUUACUGUCAAAAAUUCACUGAUUAUUUGAAGUGUUUGCGUUACCAAAAAAGGAGAAAUAUGAACUGCAAAGUGUAAAAUAAACAUCUUGAUUCUUGUUGCCAAACUAUUGUAGACCUCAGUAACUGCUGACACUUAAUAAAUUAUGGCAAUCGGAGAAAACUAAGCAAACUUGAACGGUGAACUGGUUUCUCAUGAAUAAUCUUAAUUUUUGUCAGGUUUUGAUGAACUUUGCAUGUUAUUGUAGUACCAGUCACUUAAAAGUUGUACUUUUAUUUGUGUUAAGACGUGUUAGCAGAUGCUCAAGGCUCUGUUUCUUCUCUAGCUCUAUACGGCUUUAAAUAUCUCACUGGUACAAACAAUUUUACAUUUCAGAGAAAUUAUGGAAGACAAAAAUUGCCAAGAGUGACAAUAAUUGUGAUCAACUUGUUUUCUCUUGCUGUCCUGCAGAGGGGAGGGGGGGGGACUUUGGACUGAAAUAUCUAUUUAAUAGUUGUCCUUUUAUGUCUCGGUUUAUGAAACAAACUGAUCGUGGUAAAGAAACACUAUGGUCUUGGGAAGAUAUUGUAAAACUAAACAUUUUUAGUUUUAUAGGGCAGUUUGAAAUUUUGAUUACAAAACUUCUCGAGUGGGUUUGUAGGAAAGAUGAAUGUGUGAAACCGUGACCUUUUUUUGACAGUUUACUAGUGGACCGAAGAUACAAUUCUGCCAGUCCAUCUGUUUGGACUGCUUCAAAGAAAUAUUGUUCUAUUUUUGUUUGUUGUUUAAAGGGACCCUAACAGAUUGACCAGUGUAAAUCUGAAUGGACAGUGUUGAAAUCAUUUGUAUACACAACUGCCUAAUAAACUGCUAAAUUGCACACAA